AUGGCACAUAGCAUCGAUGAUUUAACGACCUCCUGUGCUGAAGCAUCGUCAAGAAAUAUACCUCUUCAGGCGGACCUGGAGAAGUUUUCACUUCUCAGUAAAGAUGAUGGAAGCAAACUUCGCCGACCUGUGCGUCCUAUUGAUCGCCAGCGUAUGCGGCCUUGGCUGAUGGAGUUGCUAGACCUUGGGAAUGUGUUUGGUUUACGAUGGACGGAUCGGCGUUUGGGCAUAUUUCAAAUUUCAUGGAGGCAUGCAUCGCGGUUGGGCUGGAAUCUGGAAACAGACGGGGAUGUGUUUGAAAGAUGGGCAAAGCAUACAGGGAUUUAUAAAGAAGGUGAUCCCCCAGAACCGAAGCGAUGGAAGGCGAACUUCAGGUGUGCGCUGCACAGUUUACAUGAUGUUAUUGACCUGACAGUGGCCGUGGAGCGUAGAGGUCGGAAUGCAUGCAGGACAUAUCGCUUUUUGCAAAGUAAUGAAGAUAAAAGCACAAACCGGAAGAGAACCAGCCCUAGACAAACCAAGGAGGUUCCAGAAUAUGUGCAGCAGAAAUACUUGCAAGAGGAUGUCCAGAUGGAGAUCAUAGACUCCUGCACAGAGGAGGAAGUAGUAUCUCAUCAUGAAUUUAAAGCUUGUAGGCGAGACAAGGUAAUAGUACAGAAGCUAGACAUGAAGCCUGAAAUUCUUGUGGAGGACUUUUGCUUGCACCAUGAUCAUGAUUAUGCUGGGCCUGACAGAACUCACAAAACUAUUUUCUUACGUCAAGGAGUGGGUUCCAUCGUGUUACAGAAGGAAAUUCAUAGUGCCCCAGGAUCCGCUGAUGAAGUCGAGAGCUUACUGAUUUCUAAUUUAGAUCAGCUUGCGUCAGCUGCCAUGAACUCAGUCGGCAUUGAAUCCCUCCAGUCACAAGAAGUAAAUGAGGAAUCAGCUUGUAGGAAAGCCAGUGAGAAACCAGUUGUUGAUAUGCGUGAACUGUCGCUGUCUACUGAUUCAAGCAUAAGAGAAUUAAAUGUAAAGUAUUUUUCAGAACAGACACAUUUUGUGAGUGAUAGUGCCAUCUAUAGCAAUAACUUUGCAAGAAAAAGAAAGUCUUCGACUGUUGAAAAUGAGUGCUUCGCUGCCAGCAUUGCUGAGAGCAAAGCAGAGUCUGGUAAUGUUGGUAACAAUAAGUAUUCCCUAAGAAUAUUUACAAACGACGGCUCAGCGUCGUCCCCAGGCACACGUCAGAGAACCAGCUCUCCGAAAAUUCUUUUUCGUAGAUCGAAACGUAGCAAAGUGGGAUCUGAGAAAAAUGUGCCAGACUCUUCUGAACCGCUGAUGUCAUCAUGUUUAUUGUUGCUGGAGGCAGCAACUAGACUGGAUAAUGCUGAAAAAACUGGCACGACAUCCUUACAGACUGGCAGACAGAAUUUGAAGACGUCGCCCAGAUUUCAGUGUCCUGAAUUCUCUAGUAUAGAAAGUGAAAUAAGGAAGGACAUGUCUAGACUAAAAACUUCAACAAGUGAAUUACCAAAGCCAUUUGAAUUACAGCGCAGAACACGUCUGUCAAAUUGUACAGAAGCCAGCAAAAAUGUUGCAUCUUUUGGAAUUUUACGAACAACUCUUGAAAAUACUGAUAGAGUUACAGAGUAUAGGGGAAGUGUACACACAUUUGAAACACAGCCUUUUUCAAAUAACUCUUGCAAACCUGCCGUGAGUUCAUCAGAAAUAAAAAUUGUUGUCAAAGAAGCACCUUUUGCAACAGGAUUGUUUAGUGGUUCCAGGAUUGAACCAAAAGCUUCUCUUGCAUUUAUCUUAGACAAGCAGAAGAGGAAUAAAGAAGAUGUGUUGUUGUCCAGAGUCAAAUUACCUGCACAGAAAGAAAAACAAAGUGAUGGAAGUUGUGAGCCUGCAUCUGUUUCAGGUAAAGGCGUUUCUCAAACAGUGCCAUCGGUGGCUUGCAAUACUUCUGCAGGAACAUCUGAUACGUGUAAGAAGCCAUUUGUCUCCAGUUUUAAUACACAUGACAUUUGCUUCAGUAGUUCCUCAGGGAUAAAGACUUAUACUGUAAGGUCAAUGCCAGGCUCGUUUGGUUCUCUAGUGGUAUCACCGACUCCUGCGGUGAGGAAUAUCAAGUUUACUGCUACCUCAUCUCAUCCAACACCAGUGGAGGUUCUACCCACUUAUUCACAAGCAGAAAUAGUUGCUUCUUCAGAAUCUUCUGAUCUGCAUUUCAGUGGAUGUCAAAAUUUCCCUGCUUUUGAAACAGACAAUGUGAUGUCUUCCAGCUGUCUCCUAUCAGAGUCAGACUGCUCAUCAGUCUCCACAGAAUCAUCGACACUGAUAAUACAGGAAAAAGAUUUAUUUACUUUCAAGCCUGGAAAAGAUGUGGUCGGCGAUGUUGCAUUUAAUAUUGAGCCAGCAUCUGCAAGCUCAUCUGUUACCCAUACCGAUUUACCCACAGAAGUGACAGUAUCCUCUGAGGACCUUGAGGACAAAGAAUCUCGGAGACUUUUGGACGCCGGCACUCAAGAGUUGCCUGGUCAGACAUGGCAGGGUUAUUCACAUGGACAGUCUACAGUUUUGAGACCUGAGUUUUUAGCCAAGGUAGAAAGGAAAGAAGAACUAGAAGAUUCUUGCAUUUCUGUCAUGAAAGCUACUGGACCUCUAAAUGAUUUGUGCUUAUUCAGUGGUGUGAACUCUGAGACUUCAGAAAGAAUGAAGUCAUUGGAAACGGAAGAUGUUGUAUGUGAAGCGAAACCAUCAAGUUGUAAAAAGGUUCCAUUGCAUACGCCAGCAGUUCAUUCUUACAGUUUUCAACCAUAUCAAGGGAGAGAUUGCAUUCGCUCAGAAGUAAUUUCACAUGACAGUUCUGAAAAUUCACUUCAUUAUUCUUCAAACAAAUCCUUACAAGGUCAUACAUCUGCUUCUGCCAGUUAUGAAACUUUAGGAACUAGUAAAAAUAAUGAUAAGCCACUUUAUUUGACACAUUCGUUUUCUUUGUCACCUGCUGGUACAGCUGUUAAAGUACAAUCAUUGGCACAACUAUGCAAAAAAUAUUUAGCCAACCUUUUCACAGCACUGGACAAUCAGGCAUCAGAAUCUGAUGAAAAUGAUUCUGUUAUGAAUCUCCCCAAUGUGAACUGA